UCACGAACAAUUGUGUCUCAUUCCAGCAAGUGGCGUGGGGAGGCAUAAAGACCAGCGAGGCAGAGCUGGUCGGGGAGCGAGACACGGACUACGGCCGGUAGAUGGUGGCUGAAAGAAGCAAGCUGCAAGCUUUGGUGGAGAGAAAGAACGGAUUCUGGUGCCGAAACCCGGGAUUUAAUGGAAGGAAGCAGGAGUGCCGCGGCCACUGGCAUGAAUCCGCCGACCUCGCCAUUUGCGGAGGUGAUUACAUCCCUCGCGAUCCUUCACCAGGAACAACAUCGGGCCCUGCUACAGCUACGGGAAGACCAGGAUAGCUGGUUCCAGGCGAUCCUACGGGCCCAGCAGGAGGACCGCGAGGCGUUCCGGAGCUGGAUGCACCUGGAGGCUCAGACGGGGGGUUCCAGCGGACAGGGCCCGCCGAUCCACCUGUUGCUUCAGAAGAUGGGCCCACACAAUGAUCCUGAGGCAUUCCUGGAGCGCUACGAGCGGACCGCCGAGUCCAGUGAAUGGCCAAAGGAUCAGUGGGCCCUCCGGCUGAUACCGCUUCUGUCCGGUGAGGCACAGGUGGCGGCGCAACAACUACCCCCGGAGAACCUCCUAUUGUAUGCUGAGCUAAAGAAAGCCAUCCUGCAGCGGGUCGGCCGGAGCCCAGAGCAACACCGCCAGCGAUUUCGGUCGCUGGGGUUGGCGGAAGCCGGUCGGCCCUACCUGCUAGCUCAGCGGCUCCGGGACUCCAGCCGCAAAUGGCUGGUGGCUGAGGGAAGCGACGUCGGUUCCAUCGUCGACAAAGUGGUACUGGAACAGUUCAUCACCUGCCUGCCCCGGAAGACCGCGGGGUGGGUCCAGUGCCACUGA